CGAUAUGUGUAUGGGAUAACUAGGGGAUUUCUAAAUAAGCGCUGUGAUAGCCCCAUGGGCAUCUUCCAUUACGGUUUUCUUAGUUUCGCUAAUGAAAAAUGGUGAUACCGGCAUAUUAAUUUCUAUUUAAGGCAAUAAGGCAAUACGUAUAAUAAAUGAUGGCACGGGAAAGCCUAAAGAAGUCUCUUUAGAGAGAGGCUUCUUACACUAUUAAAAACUAUUCAGAGAAAUCAAGAGAAUACAUCAUCCUUAAAUUCAACUUAAAAGAAGGAGAAUUCGAUUAAAUCCCCGAGUUUACUAUCCUGUUUAUAAAUAGAUAUAGAAAAUCACAGCGCGAGGGCUCUCGUGAACAAAGGAAGCUGCCGCUCGAUGGAGUGGGUGGUCUGCCCGUCUGAGUGGAUUGUACCCGUGGACACCUGGCCCCUAAUUACCGACGGUGGCCUGCACUGCGCAUAUGCUGACUACUAUCAAGCACGUCAUCAGUCGCAAUCGUCGUCAUCGCCAUCUGGGCGGUUAUCUAUCUUGGUUGCUGGCUUGCUGGGGCAUCGGCAACAGCCGUUUCCCAACGACUAUCAGUUUCGUCCGGACCGUGGCAGUUGGUGCAUCUCGUCCAGGGGGCUCUGGGCCCGUGGUCUUCGUUAUCCAUUCGCAUCCAUCGAUGAUCUCCACUCCCGUCGUGUGACCUGUGAACCAUUUUGCCCAUUUGAAUUGUGCCCGUGACCGUUUCGGCCAGUGAAUAUUGUACUCGAAAUGGCCAUAUCUGGAGCACGUUUCGCGCAUUGCCAAGUCCGUUUUAACGAAUCCCAGAACCAGAAUGCUGGGCGGAGUGGGAGCUCGUCGCAGAAGGGGCUCAUCACCUAUGGCGCGAUUGACCAUUAGCAACAUCAACAGCCUGGAUGACAGCAUUGCCAUCAUCGGCGAUGGCGUCAUCCGGCGGACCACGCACUACGGCUCGCAAGGGUCCAACAAAAGGCGCCGGGCGCCGGAAAGCUUUGCUCUGGUCCAGACAAGACCCAACCUGGGAGACAUAAUGUUGGAAGCGGCUCAGGAAGUAGUGCAAGCAGAGCAUCAACAGGACUCCUUAGGCGGGGGGCACUUGGGUCGAAAGGGAGCCCAUCGCUUAGCUGAUAGAAUGGGUGGCCCGAAAAAAGAGGAAAACCCACCAGGUGGUGGUCCGACGUCAUUGUUUAUUCUAACCGAGGAUAACCCAAUUAGAAAGUACACACGAUUCAUCAUAGAAUGGCCGCCCUUUGAAUACGCUGUGUUAUUGACAAUCAUAGCCAACUGUGUUGUGUUGGCGCUAGAGGAGCACUUGCCGGGGGGCGACAAGACAGUAUUGGCUCAAAAAUUGGAAAAAACGGAGGCCUAUUUUUUAUGCAUUUUCUGUGUAGAAGCGUCGCUCAAGAUCCUCGCCUUAGGGCUUGUUCUGCAUAAACACUCCUAUCUCAGGAAUAUUUGGAACAUCAUGGAUUUUUUCGUUGUAGUUACGGGAUUCAUGACACAGUACCCACAAAUAGGGCCCGAGGUAGACCUAAGAACACUUAGAGCCAUUCGUGUGCUACGGCCCUUAAAAUUAGUGUCUGGAAUUCCUAGUUUACAAGUAGUUUUAAAAUCUAUAAUCAAGGCGAUGGCACCUUUACUGCAAAUCGGUCUCUUGGUGUUGUUUGCAAUCGUAAUUUUUGCAAUCAUUGGACUCGAGUUUUAUUCGGGCGCACUGCAUAAGACUUGUUAUAGCUUAGAAGAUCCAAACAAACUAGUGAAGGAGGGCGAAUCAGAGACGCCUUGCAACACGGACAACAGCACGGAAAAGGCAACAGGCUCCUUUGUAUGCAACAACACCACGAGCAUGUGUCUGGAAAAGUGGGAUGGACCAAAUUCAGGUAUCACGAGUUUCGAUAAUAUCGGAUUUGCCAUGUUGACCGUAUUCCAAUGUAUCACGAUGGAGGGCUGGACGUCAAUACUGUAUUGGACCAACGACGCAUUAGGUUCAGCAUUUAAUUGGAUAUAUUUCGUGCCUCUUAUAGUUAUAGGCUCAUUUUUUAUGCUCAACUUAGUUCUUGGUGUCCUUAGUGGAGAGUUUUCGAACGAACGAAAUCGUGUCGAACGUCGCAUGGAGUUUCAGAAAUGCCGCUUUCGGGCCAUGUUUCAGACAGCAAUGGUCUCGUACCUUGACUGGAUCACACAAGCAGAGGAGGUAAUACUAGCCGAGGAGCGAACAACGGAAGAAGAAAAAAUGCACAUAAUGGAGGCUCGUAGACGAAACGCUGCCAAGCGGAAAAAGCUGAAAAGCUUGGGAAAGUCCAAGUCCACAGACACAGAAGAAGAGGAAGCCGAGGAAGAUUAUGGUGACGAUGGUUAUCUGAAAACUCGCUCUAAACCUCAAGGAAGUUGUACCGGAUUUUGGCGGGCGGAGAAGAGGUUUCGUUUCUGGAUCCGGCACACGGUGAAGACGCAGUGGUUCUACUGGUUUGUGAUAGUCCUCGUCUUUCUGAACACGGUCUGCGUAGCCGUCGAGCAUUACGGCCAGCCCUCGUUCCUCACGGAGUUUCUCUACUAUGCUGAAUUCAUCUUCCUGGGACUCUUCAUGUCGGAAAUGUUCAUCAAGAUGUAUGCGUUGGGACCACGCAUCUACUUUGAGUCGUCGUUCAACCGAUUUGAUUGCGUUGUCAUUAGUGGUUCGAUAUUCGAAGUGAUCUGGUCCGAGGUCAAAGGCGGUUCGUUCGGUCUGUCUGUGCUGCGUGCCCUGCGAUUGCUCCGCAUCUUCAAAGUAACCAAGUACUGGUCGUCGCUGCGCAAUCUAGUCAUCUCUCUGUUGAACUCGAUGAGAUCCAUCAUCUCAUUGUUGUUCCUGCUCUUCUUGUUCAUCCUCAUAUUCGCCUUACUUGGCAUGCAGUUAUUUGGCGGCCAGUUCAAUCUGCCAGGAGGCACGCCCGAAACCAAUUUUAACACUUUCCCGAUAGCACUGUUGACUGUAUUCCAAAUCCUCACUGGUGAAGAUUGGAACGAGGUCAUGUACCAGGGCAUCAUAUCUCAGGGUGGUGCUCAGAAAGGAAUGAUUUACUCUAUAUACUUUAUCGUUUUGGUACUCUUCGGAAAUUACACGCUAUUGAAUGUGUUCUUGGCUAUCGCCGUUGAUAAUUUGGCGAAUGCCCAAGAACUUACAGCAGCCGAAGAGGAACAAGUCGAAGAGGAUAAAGAGAAACAACUGCAGGAGCUCGAGAAGGAGAUGGAGGCCCUCCAGGCGGACGGUGUUCAUGUGGAGAAUGGCGACGGUGCUGUGGCCCCCACCAAGUCCAAGGGCAAGAAGAAGGAGGAGGAGAAGAAAGAGGAGGAGGAAGUGACGGAGGGUCCCAAGCCGAUGUUGCCCUACUCAUCGAUGUUUAUACUCUCACCAACCAAUCCCAUACGACGCGGAGCCCAUUGGGUUGUUAAUUUACCAUAUUUUGAUUUCUUCAUUAUGGUUGUCAUCUCAAUGUCAUCAAUAGCAUUAGCAGCCGAAGAUCCCGUUCGUGAGAACUCAAGGCGAAACAAGAUAUUGAAUUAUUUCGAUUAUGCAUUUACCGGCGUAUUCACGAUAGAAAUGUUGCUGAAAAUUGUAGACUUGGGUGUGAUCCUGCACCCUGGCAGCUAUUUAAGAGAAUUCUGGAAUAUUAUGGAUGCUGUGGUCGUUAUAUGCGCUGCUGUUAGUUUCGGUUUCGAUAUGAGCGGUAGCAGCGCUGGACAAAAUUUAUCGACUAUUAAAUCGCUUCGGGUAUUGCGUGUCCUACGCCCAUUGAAGACCAUUAAGCGUGUACCAAAAUUGAAAGCCGUGUUCGAUUGCGUCGUGAACUCAUUGAAAAAUGUUGUUAACAUUCUAAUCGUGUACAUAUUGUUUCAAUUUAUAUUUUCUGUUAUUGGAGUACAAUUGUUCAAUGGAAAAUUUUUUUAUUGUACGGACGAAAGUAAACAUACUUCCGCAGAGUGCCAGGGCUCGUACUUUAAGUACGAGGAGGACGAACUGCUGCCAAAACAGGAACUGAGGGUCUGGAAACCUCGGGCCUUCCACUACGACAAUGUUGCCGCCGCGAUGCUAACACUUUUCGCCGUUCAGACCGGCGAGGGAUGGCCACAGGUCUUGCAACACUCAAUGGCUGCCACUUAUGAAGAUAGGGGUCCAAUCCAAAAUUUCCGGAUCGAAAUGUCCAUAUUUUAUAUUGUGUAUUUUAUUGUAUUUCCGUUCUUCUUCGUCAACAUAUUCGUGGCCUUGAUUAUUAUUACGUUUCAAGAGCAAGGCGAAGCUGAGUUACAAGAUGGCGAAAUUGACAAAAAUCAGAAAUCCUGCAUCGAUUUUACUAUAGGAGCACGACCUCUCGAACGCUAUAUGCCCAAAAACCGGAACACCUUCAAGUAUAAAGUGUGGCGAAUUGUGGUUUCAACGCCCUUCGAGUACUUCAUUAUGAUGUUGAUCGUAUUCAAUACCCUUUUGUUAAUGAUGAAGUAUCAUAAUCAGGGAGACAUGUACGAAAAGUCACUGAAGUAUAUCAACAUGGGAUUCACUGGAAUGUUUAGUGUAGAAACUGUGCUUAAAAUCAUUGGAUUCGGUGUUAAGAAUUUCUUCAAGGACCCCUGGAACAUAUUCGAUCUAAUCACCGUUCUGGGCAGCAUUGUGGAUGCCCUGUGGAUGGAAUUCGGGCACGAUGAUUCGAACUCAAUCAACGUCGGCUUCCUGCGUUUAUUUCGUGCGGCGCGCCUUAUCAAGUUACUUCGUCAAGGAUACACAAUACGAAUUCUUCUCUGGACAUUUGUACAAUCAUUUAAAGCUCUUCCCUAUGUCUGUUUGCUUAUAGCCAUGCUAUUUUUUAUAUACGCCAUUAUUGGCAUGCAGGUGUUCGGGAAUAUCAAACUAGGUACGGUGGAAAAUUCCAUUACUAGACACAACAACUUCCAAUCAUUUAUUCAAGGCGUCAUGUUGCUAUUCAGGUGUGCAACGGGCGAGGCCUGGCCAAACAUAAUGCUGGCCUGUCUGAAGGGCAAGGCCUGCGACGAGGACGCCGAGAAGGCACCUGGAGAGUACUGCGGAUCCACACUGGCCUACGCCUACUUCGUAUCGUUUAUAUUCUUCUGCUCCUUCCUCAUGCUGAAUCUGUUCGUCGCCGUCAUCAUGGAUAAUUUUGAUUAUCUCACGCGGGACUCCAGCAUCUUGGGUGCUCAUCACUUAGACGAAUUUGUGCGCAUAUGGGCGGAAUAUGAUCCAAAUGCGACUGGUAAAAUACACUACACGGAAAUGUACGACAUGCUGAAGAAUAUGGAUCCACCGUUGGGAUUUGGAAACAAGUGUCCCAAUCGACUGGCCUACAAGAAACUAAUACGAAUGAAUAUGCCCCUGGACGACGAGCUGAGAGUUCAGUUCACCACAACGUUAUUUGCUUUGAUUCGGGAGAAUCUUAGCAUCAAAAUGCGAGCGCCUGAGGAGAUGGACCAGGCGGACAUGGAGCUCCGGGAGACGAUCACGAACAUCUGGCCCUUGCAGGCGAAGAAGAUGCUGAACCUGCUGGUGCCGCCGAGCGAUCAGCUCAACAAGGGCAAGCUCUCAGUGGGUAAAAUCUAUGCAGGUUUCCUCAUCCUGGAGUCCUGGCGCAGCACGCGGUUCGGCCAGCUUGAUUCGGGAAUGCCGCGGAAGAAGCCGGAAGACGAUGAUGGCCAUAAAUAUAGCCCAACGGCAGUCGAGGAGCCGAAACAAUCAUUCUUUAACUGCCUACUCGAUAUGGCCGCCCUUGACAAAGGAGGAUCGCGACAGGGCUCCAUAAGUUUCGAGCCGAAUGGGGAAGGAGCCGCCAACUCACAAACACAUUUGUUAGCCAGCACGCACCACCACCACGCAAACGGUGAUGCCGAACACAACAGUUUGGCAACACUAGCACGGCGGAGUACGAUCAGAAAGCGAUCAGUUAGAAACAAAAAGAUGCUGGAGCUACAGGACGCAUCGAGACAUCCCUCGCAAGAAUCACUUACCGGUGCCGAUGCUGGCCAUUUACAUCCUGGACAUUCGUAUAUGAAUGGCCAUCGGCGAUCGCCUAGCUUGAGGCACAACGGCUCUCCACUGGCCAGAUCUCCAAGUCCUCGACGGCGUGGCCAUCAAUACAUACAUCAUGAUAUCGGGUUCUCCGAUACCGUAUCUAAUGUUGUAGAGAUGGUCAAGGAGACUCGUCAUCCUAGGCAUGGCAACAGUCAUCCGCGGUAUCCAAGAGGUUCAUGGUCAGCAUCGACAAGUCCGGCCCGUUCGCCUUCGCCUUCUCGAUAUGGUGGUCAUUUGUCUCGCAGUAAACGCACUCAACUGCCUUAUCCCACAUAUGGGACAACCAGUCUAUGUCAAAGAUCACGAUCGCCGAGUCCCGCUAGACUUCAGGAGAUGCGUGAACGAGACAGACUUGGUUAUGGGAUUGAUAUGGGUGUAACGCAUGUGCAGCAUAGUUACCCAACACUGGCCUCCCGAAGAGCCGGAAUCGGUAGACGUCUGCCACCGACUCCCAGCAAACCUUCAACACUGCAGCUCAAGCCAACCAAUAUCAAUUUUCCCAAGCUGAAUGCGAGUCCCACACAUACACACCACUCAACGCCCCACAGUGUUCACUCGCUACCACACCACCGCGACCUGCUGCGAGAUCCAAGGGACAUGUACUACAGUAGUAGGGAACGCGAGCGGGAUCGCGAACGCCUUAGGGAUCGAGAUCGGGAGAGGGAUCGCGAUCGGCUGCACGAGUACGACCUGCGCUACGAGUACAGGGAUCGGGAGCGAGAGUUGUACGAGCGCGAAAGAGAUCGCGAGCGGGAGGUCGAAAGAGAAAGACUGGAAUAUAUAGCACCGCUGUCAUUCGAACAAGCGUUGGCUAUGGGCCGAACAGGUCGUGUACUGCCAUCUCCAGUUCUAAAUGGUUUUAAGCCAAAGAGCGGUCUGAACCCUCGACACUCCGAUUCGGAUGAGGAGGAUUGGUGCUAGCAAAGGCUUUGAUUGCGAUCGCGUAAUCGAAAGGAUCAGAUCUGGGUAUAGCAUCAGGCCAUAUGCUCCUCUUUGUCAGCACCAAAUUUAGAUCACAAUUUUGAUACGAUACGACACAGAUACCAGCCCGACCAUCAGCAAACCCAUCCACAUGCACACCAAAAGCCACAGCCACAGCCACACCCACAUAGAGAACCACACCUACACCGACACCGAAGGUAUGACACGAAUGUAUCGACACCGAAACUAGGAACAACUAAAUCUGAUAUCAAAUUGGCUGGAGUAAGCUUACAGGAAUUAAACCCAAAUCGACAACCGCAAUCGCAACAGAAGCAAGAGCUGGAUCAUCAAGAUGGGCGACUUGAGUGGCUCAGGUGGUGCCGUUUGGGGUCAUAUCCCCAAUCCCCGGUGAUGGCAUCAUUGCCGGAAACCAGAGCAACAUCGCCCCAAUCCGAUAUUCAAUACAUCAGAAAUAUGAAUCUAAAGAGAAAAGAAACCGAAACCGAAACCGAAACCGGAACAAUUGCAAUAACACCAAGGACAACUAAAACUGAAGCAAUGAUAUUAAGCGUACCAAUUACAAUAACGUCCCCAUUAGCUAUUAAAAAGAUAUAUUCAGAUAAUGACAUUAAUUAUAAUACCGAACGAGAUGAUGAUAAUGCUGAUGGCAGAGUGGAUGAGGAUGAAGCAGCAGCACAUCGUUAUCACCAGCCAGAACUAACCACACCAGAUCUACAACACGAGCCACCACUGCAGCAAGAUCACCAGCACUAUCCGCAGUAUUCGUAUCAUACGCUUUAAGGAGUAUUGGAUCAAGAACCAGAAUCCAGAAUUCAGAAUCCAGACUCCAGAGUCCAGAAUCCAUAAUCCAGAACCACUAAAAGUGCAACUUUAAUUGAAACUGAAACUGAAACGCAAACGCAAACGGAAACGAGGUGUAAAGAUUGUGAGAGAGAUUCUAUUCCAAAGGGGAGUAUUCCCGGAGUAGGGAGACGGAGAUAUGUAAACAGAUUAGAGCUACUAUUUGCCUAGAAAUAGGAGUAGAACACUUAUUGUUAGAUAUGAAUAUGAUCAAGUGUAUUGUACUUUUUUUCUAAUGUAAGGACAAGCCUAGACGAAGAGCACAUCAAAAUGAAACCAAUGAUAGCGGAACUCCUUCAAGCAGAACACACAUAGAUCUAGGUCUAAGUGCAUAGGAAAUAUAAAUUGUAGGUACUCGCAUACAUUGUAAGUUAUAUAGGACAUAACUCGAGGAAUCAGUAAUCUGCAAGCGUUUUUGUCUUGUUUGUAUUUAAAGUUAGUAAUUGAAUUAUGUGUAUUUAAAUGCGACAUUUUAUUUAUUCUAUGUACAUACCAGAUAAUUGUAGAUAUCAAAUUUUUGUAUGUAAUAUAUUUACCUACGACUACCAACUAUUAUAAAUACCUUCGACAGAACGAACCCGAUAGCAAAUAUUAGCUAUAAUAGCAACAAAUAAGCGCAUUUUAGUACCCUACGAUUUUUUAUUAUUCUGUUAUGUAUGUAUACUCGAGCGAAUAUUUUUUUUUGUCGACUUAUAGACACGUAAUGAAUUCAAACACAAAACCCAACUACAACCAAGUAACUCAAUUAUGACCAAGAGUAUGUAUCUGUAAAAUUAGCAUUAUCCAAUGGCAUGUGUGUGUGUACAGACUUUAGGAAUUUACAAUUUACAAUUUACAAUAGCUUCGUUGUCACAUUUCUUCAUGAGGAGGGCACGUUCUUUUCACAAUGUUUCUCUGAACUCUGUACUCAUAGAAAGGUUUAUGCUUCUGUUAAUGUAUUUCCGAAAGUGUUUCGUAUGCUGAAAUUAGCUCCUCUCAGACUUUCCGAUCUGUUGAACAAAUUGAUGUCCAUUUGUAUCUAUAAUCAAAGAACGAAAGCAUUGAUUUUACAAUCGAGCAUCUUCAACAUAAACAUGUGUAGAUAAAAUGCAUACACCUCCGGCUCCUCAUACUCGAAUAGAAUGUGUAUAAUGUGUAAAAAUGCAGAGCUCAUGGCACAUCAAGCGUAAUAUAUUCAAAUAUACAACUAUAUGCAUGCACACAGCCCCUCCAACUCACUAUAGAAAAUGCAGACAUCAUGUGUAUAGAUAGACGAAUCGUACAUGUUGGACGACGGGAUAUCGAAGAGCGCACAAUAAUUGUAAUUUAAAGAAAUGAAUCCAUAACUUAAGUAAAUAAUUAUAGCAGCUGAGCAGUAAUGCGAAUUUACACAGCAAAUGAACUUACCAUUACGUUUAUGACGAUGACUAGUGGCGUAGAUUGCAUACGAAGGUAGAAAAAACAUUUAGCAAACGAAGUAAAUCAAGAAUCACUAACUCUUAACUAACUUAACUGGGCUGACUUCAGCUAUGUACGAUACUUAAAUAUUAACUGAGCAAUACUGAAUAGGGAAAACGACUAACCUAGAAGCGAUAAACCAAAAUAUACACUUAAAAAAAUGGCCAAAAUCGCCAUUGAAUUAAAAAUUUCGCCAUUAGAAUAAAUCAAUAACACUCUGCCAUCACUUAAAAAAGUUUCAUUUCUUAUUUAAAAUAAGGAAAAAUUAUUUAUUAAAUUUUUUUUUUAAGCCUCAGGAAAUUUUUUAAAGAACCAAAAAGUUGAUUUUAGGUUUUGUUAGAUUUUAGUUUUACCAGUUUUAAAAGGUCUAUAAAUAGGAUGACUUAUGUAAAUACACUUAUGAAAUUUUAGUAAAUAGUUACAAACAAUUCAAGUUGAGAUUUGUAUGAUUUUAGAACAAAGUUUUUUUUAAUAUUAGUUCUUAUUUAAUUUGAUGGCGAUUUUCUAAAGCUAGAAAAAAAGUUUCGAGUGUGAGAAAGGAAACCGAGAAGCGUAUUCUUCUAUAGUUAUUACAGAUUAGUUACGGACGCCGACAAACAAGCAUUCAAGAUAUAUAUACACGCCUACAUAGAUAAAUAUACAAUAGUUUAUAACUAGUCUCGAAUAAACAAAAAACCGAAUUCCAUCGCUUAGGGAAAUCAAAGAAUCGCCGAUAUAGAAAUUCACACUCCAAUUAAUUGUAAACACACAGCGCAUUACCGAGUGCUGUUGCACGUUGUAAUUCCGAGGUUCACUUUUGACUACUUCCAGUAAAAAUUUGCCCACGUGGCGAAUGUUUCAAGUCCUCAGUCUUAGGCUAAGAUCCGAUUUUUGACCUUCGUUUGCACUGCUUGCUUAAACAUUAAACAUUCCAAUUCGAAUUAUUACUAGAGCGAUAUCCUCACACAAGUAGAGUUCUUGGAAGGGCAGCUUAGGGCUCAUUAGCUCAAUUACUACUACUGAAUCAUUGCCCCGAUGCCAAAACUAAAAAUUAUAAAUAAAUAAUAAAAACAAAACCAAAAAAAAAAAAAUGACAAAAAACAAAACAAAAAAAGAACAAAAACCAAAAGAAACGAAACCAAAACCAAAAAAAUAGAAAUGAGUACAAAAUAUGAAGAUAGUUUACUAAUAUCGUUUCGAUAUUAGAUGUUUAUCCAAUCCAUCAUUGCCUCUAGAGGAACUAUUUAGUUAGCUAAUUAUUGGCAUACUUGACCAUUUCCAUUCGAUUCGCUUUUAAUGCACACGACCUUCGCUUCGUCCUUCAACUUAGGCUCUCUGACCCACUUUACUCCUACUUGUACAUUCCUACAUACUUAUAUGGUUAGUUGGUUAGGUGCCAAGUGCAGGGAUCAGCAUCAACAUCAUUUUGUCGGGGAAGAACAAUUCGGGAACCACGUCCCGCCAUUUACCAAACUAAAUUUCAAAAAAAUCCAAAAAAAAAAGUUAUAUUAAUAUGACAGUGCUGCUAUCGAUUGUUCUUCCAGAUCCUUGCAUUCCUCUCUAUCAUAAAAAGCAUUGUCCGAAUAUUUUUUAAUACUCCUGAUUCAGAUUCAGAUUCAGAUCUACAUAGAUGCUUGAAGGCUCGGUGCAAGUUCAUUAUAUUCUAAAGCUGGUAAAACGCAACCAUGAUGAAGUGCACACAAGGCUGCUGCCGAGCCAAUCCCCAAAAAGGUGACCCCAAAAGGUGACCCCGAACGGUCCGCUCCCUGUGUUCCCUGUCUCAUGUCGUAGGUGGCUUACUUUUUUAAAAACACUACACAUUUAUCCCCAACUUUACGAUUCGAUUGUAUAUUUUGUUAUUUGUUUACUGUCUGGUGUGAACGGUAACAUGAAGGAAAAAAAAAAAUAAAAUACAUAUUUGUAAGUAGAUCUGACUUUUUUUUACAAAGCAACCGAAAUAUAGGAUGUGCGAGGAGUAAUAUGCGAAUAGGAAAGGAAAUUAAUAAUAAAAAUUAGUUUAAA